UUAAACAAACUUUAAAAAACUGUUUCAGCACUGACUUUUUUUUUUUUAAAUAAAUCUCCUCCUUUGUGUUGUCAUUGCAGAGAGCCAUGUGGGGAGGGAAUGAGACAGAACCCACAAAUUUCAUCCUCCUGGGAUUCUUCCCUGAAUUUAGAUACAUCACAGCUUUGGUUUCCAUUGUUCUCCUCAUCUACAUGGCUGCCUUCAUUGGCAACACUCUUCUGGUCCUCCUCAUUUGGUUGGAUUCCCGGCUCCAUACCCCCAUGUACUUCCUGCUCGGUCAGCUCUCUUUAAUGGAUUUGACUUUGACCUCUAGCAUCAUACCCAAGAUGGUGGCCAAUUUCUUCUCUGGAUGGCAAAGCAUCUCAUUCCUGGCUUGCGGGACUCAAAUAUUUUUCUCGCUGACAGUAGCCAUUGGCGAAUGCAUCCUUAUAACUGUCAUGUGUUUUGAUCGCUAUGUGGCUAUCUGCAAUCCCCUGCGGUACCCUGUCAUCAUGAGUCCUAGGAUGUGCUGGCAGAUGGCUGCCAUGUCUUGGGCUGGAGGUGCCCUUACUUCCUUUGGCCACACUGCUUUCACCUUACAUUUUCACAUCUGUAGCCCCAGAGAGAUUCCUCACUUCUUCUGUGAAGUCAUGGCUGUUCUUAGGAUUGUCUGUGAGGACAUCUCAGCCUACGAGAAGGCUGUAGUGGUGACCAGCAUCCUAGUCCUGCUGCUGCCCUUAUCUCUCAUCUUGUCCUCCUACGUUCUCAUCUUCCUUGCUGUACUCCGAAUGAACUCCCCAGAAGUCAGGAACAAGACUCUGGCCACUUGCUCCUCUCAUCUCUGUGUGGUGGGUCUCUAUUUUGGUCCAGGUAUGUGCAUCUACAUGAGGCCUGGUUCUGCCAAGACUCCAAAGUUGAACCAGGGUCUCUUUCUCUUUGGGACUGUCCUUACCCCUCUCCUGAACCCUCUUGCAUACAGUCUCAGAAACAAAGAAGUUCUAUGUUCACUAAAAAAGUUGAUGGGGAGGUUUCAGUCCACCAGAUAGAGAGCAGAGUUUUCCUUUUAGCUGCAAACAAUCUUAGUGAUGCACAUGCAAAGACACGUUUUUUUUUUUAAAAUUAAAAUAUAAUCCCUGUAAGAAUUAUAUUGUAUAAUCCCUGAAAAAGUCAACCAGUUUUUAAGAGCUGCUUCCCUCAACCUGACUUCGUCUGGAAGAAAAAAAAUGUUUGAUAUCCUCCUUUCUCCAUCUUGGAAUUUCUGUUAAAUUGUCGUAGAUGAUACAUUGAUGAGGGAAAAGAUAUUUUGCUCAUCAGCCCUCUACGCCAUUCAUACUUGAUAGCCUCGUGUACCAUAAUAUUUGCCAAGUUUCUUGUUGUUUCAUGAGAGAAAGGU